AUGGGUUUGAAGGAGGUUGUUCUCGUUGUAUUGAGGAGCUUGCUCUCCAUGUGCUUCAAGUCGUUAUAUCUUAUUUGGACCAAACGAUUUCAGGUGCAGGCUGUAUUAUUACUUCUGGGAGGGCAGGAAACACCAAAUACUGUCCCCACCCCGGACUUUUUGUUGCAGCAGAACAGUCAGGAUAUUAGGGAAAUAAAUGAUCCUUCCCGAUGUUCAAAGCUUUCCCGAAGAAUUGCCUCACUAGUUAGGUUUCGUGAAAAACGAAAAGAGAGAUGUUUUGAGAAGAAAAUACGAUACACAUGUCGUAAAGAGGUUGCCCAGAGGAUGCAUCGUAAGAAUGGACAAUUUGCAUCACUGAAGGAAGACUACAAAUCUCAUGCUGAAAACUGGGAUUCAAGCAAUGCUAUUCCUGGGCCAGAAUCUACUGAACGUAGAUGCCAGCAUUGUGGAAUUAGUGAGAAGUCUACUCCAGCUAUGCGUCGAGGACCUGCAGGUCCAAGAUCUCUAUGCAAUGCCUGUGGGCUUAUGUGGGCCAAUAAAGGAACUCUGAGAGAUCUCACCAAAGCAGGAAGGAUUGCUUUUGAACAAAAUGACCUGGAUACUUCAGCUGAUAUAAAGCCUUCAAAAGCAGAAGCAGAACAUUCUUGUGCCAAGCAAGACAAAGAGGGAAGCCCUGAGGAAACAAAGCCUGUGCAAAUGGAUUCCAGACGGUCACCUGAGAAGACAAAUGAGCAGUUUCUUAUCGGAACUGCUGAAUCAGUUACUGACAACUUGUCCAUCCAAGUGGAGAAUCAUGCUCUUAGUCUGCAUGAGCAGGAUACUCUUGAGGAUCUUGCUGAUGCUUCAGGGACCGAGUUUGAGAUUCCCGCUGGUUUUGAUGAACAGGUUGAUAUUGAUGAUUCCAACAUGAGAACAUAUUGGUUGUGAUCUAGAGCUGUUUCUUUGCGCAAUCAGCAGGUUUGUUCCCAAUGGAAACGCAUAUACACUGCUGGUUCAACUAACAUUGGACUUCUAGGAAUAGUUUAUGUUUUAUAGACAAACUAUUUCUGGAAGCACUGUGAAUUAUAUGAUUGUAGACUUACAGUUUUCAUACAUGAGUUCCUGUACAUCCCUUUGGGACCAGAUUUGAUUUAUAUAUAAUGUGAAUAGUUCGGUUUUUUUUUA